AUGGGCGUGUGGUGGGGGCCGGUGGUGCGGGUGCUGGUGCUGCAGGCGGCCUGGGCGCUGGGCGGCGGGCAGGUGCGCUACUCGGUGCCGGAGGAAGCCAGGGCCGGGACGGUGGUGGGCCGGCUGGCGCAGGACCUGGGCCUGGAGGCGGGCGAGCCGGAGGCGCGGCGGCUGCGGCUGGUGGCGCAGGGCCGGCGGGCGAGCGUGGAGGUGAGCGGGGCGAGCGGGGCGCUGGUGGUGAGCUCGCGGCUGGACCGGGAGGAGCUGUGCGGGAAGAGCGCGCCGUGCGCCCUGCGCCUGGAGGUGCUGGUGGAGCGGCCGCUGCGCGUCUUCCACGUGGAGCUGGAGGUCACCGACAUCAACGACAACGCCCCGCUCUUCCCCGCCGCCCGCAAAAACCUCAGCAUCGCGGAACUGUCGCUGCCGGGCUCUCGUUUCCCGCUGGAGGGCGCGUCGGAUGCAGAUAUCGGAGCCAACGCGCAGCUCUCCUACACACUCAGCCCCAGCGAGCACUUCUCUCUGGAUGUGCAGAAACCCGAGGAGGACGGUGAGUCCUUAUUCCUGGUGCUCACGAAACCUCUGGACCGGGAGUCGGUGCCCGUGCACCGGUUGUUGCUGACGGCGAGUGACGGGGGCCGGCCGUCUCUGAGUGGCACGGUGGAGCUGGUGAUCUCGGUGCUGGAUGCGAACGACAACGCGCCCCAGUUCAACCAGUCGGUGUAUAAAGUGCAGCUGCCAGAAAAUACGGAACGCGGCAUUUUAGUGAUGCGUGUAACCGCGACGGAUUUGGAUGAGGGGACGAACAGGAAUAUCUCGUAUGCUCUCCAGCUCUUGUUCCCUCAGGAUGGAAGAGACGUUUUCGGGAUCGACAGAAAGAGCGGGGAGAUCCGUCUCAGGGGUGACUUAGACUUUGAGGAUGUUGGUCUCUAUCGCCUGCAAGUGGAUGCGGCGGAUCAGGGAAACCCCCCGCUGUCGGGUCACUGCAAGGUGGUGGUGGAGGUGGUGGACGUGAACGACAACGCGCCGGAGGUGUGGGUGACGUCGCUGUCGGUGCCGGUGGCGGAGGACGCGUCGGUGGGGACGGUGGUGGCGCUGCUGAGCGUGUCGGACCGGGACUCGGGGGCGAACGGUCGGGUGCGCUGCGCGGUGUGGCCGGCGGGGCCGUUCGGUCUGGUGGCGACGUUCGCGGGCUCGUACUCGCUGGUGCUGCGGGAGGCGCUGGACCGGGAGCGGGUGUCGGAGUACGAGGUGGAGGUGCGGGCGGAGGACGGCGGGGCGCCGCCGCUGCGCGCCAGCCGCGGGGUGCGGGUGCCGGUGUCGGACGUGAACGACAACGCGCCGGCGUUCGCGCAGGCCGUGUACACGGUGCUGGCGCGGGAGAACAACGCGGCGGGCGCGGAGCUGGCGCGGCUGUGGGCGCGGGACCCGGACGAGGCGGGCAACGGGCGCGUGAGCUACUCGGUGGCGGAGGGCGGCGUCGGGGGCGCGUCGGCGGGCGGCGGGUGGCGGUCGGCGUCGAGCUACGUGUCGGUGGACGCGGAGAGCGGGCGGCUGUGGGCGCUGCAGCCCUUGGACUACGAGGAGCUGCAGGUGCUGCAGUUCGAGGUGCGUGCGGUGGACGCGGGGGAGCCGCCGCUGUGCGGCAACGCCACGGUGCAGCUCUUCGUGGUGGACGAGAACGACAACGCGCCGGCGCUGCUGCCGCCUGCCGGCGGCGGGCCGGGGCCCGGGGCCUCGGGCGAGGCGGCGUGGGUGCCGGGCGCGGGGCCGGGCGCGGGGGCGUGGUGGGCGUGGGCGGCGUGGGGGGCGCCGGCGGGGCAGGUGGUAGCGAAGAUCCGCGCGGUGGACGCGGACUCGGGCUACAACGCGUGGCUGCGCUACGAGCUGUGGGAGCCGCGGGGGAAGGGCCCGUUCCGCGUGGGGCUGUACAGCGGCGAGGUGAGCACGGCGCGGGCGCUGGAGGAGGCGGACGGCCCGCGGCAGCGGCUGGUGAUCGUGGUGCGGGACCACGGGGAGCCGGCGCGCUCGGCCACGGCCACGCUGAGCGUGUCGCUGGUGGAGGGCGGGGAGGCGGCGCUGGCGGCCGCGGGCUCGUCGUCGGGGUCGGGGUCGGGGCUGCGGGCGUCGUCGGGCGCGGAGGGCGGCGCGUCGUCGUCGUCGAGGAACGUGUGGCUGGUGGUGGCGAUCUGCGCGGUGUCGAGCCUGUUCCUGCUGGCGGUGGUGCUGUACGGGGCGUCGCGGUGGGCGCCGCGGGCGGCCGUGCUGUCGGGGCCCGGGCCGGCGACGCUGGUGUGCGCCAGCGAGGUGGGGAGCUGGUCGUACUCGCAGCGCCAGAGCCGGAGCCUGUGCGUGGCGGACGGCGCGGGCAAGAGCGACCUGAUGGUUUUCAGCCCCAACUUCCCGCCGCCGCUCGGCGCCGCGGCGAAGGAGACGCAGCCGGAGCCGCCCGCUCUCCUGGACACGGUCAGUGGCCCUUCCUUUCUCGCCUCCCGCCCCUUCCCCCCUUGUCGCCCUUCCCGCCCGCCCCCUGGGCUGUCGGUGGUGGGAGCCGGGCUCAGCCCCCGGUGCCUGUGGGUGGUGGGUGCGUGCUGGGUGCUUGCGGCUGUUCAUGGGACCUUUGCAUCUGCCUUCGGGUCCUUGCGGGAAAAAUAA